GUUUGCGAGUGUCUGGAGAUACUAGUUGCGGGCAGUUAGCUUAGUCAGCUAAUCUACAUCUGUAUCAGUAAAAGUCCUGUUUGACUCCGGCGCACUGAGUGUCGGGAAGUUUGGCGGUUUUAUUCUCCGCAUUGUUUGGGAACCGGCAUCUGUUAGCCUGUAGCUAAGCUAACUUUAACCUGAGUUGUAAAGUGAGACUCGGGUUUCUGGCGGCUCGCUGUGGUUAGCGCAUCUCCUGUUAUCAGGAGUUGUUUGUUGUUGUACAGUGAAGUCGGUGGAAGAAAAUAUUCGUAGCAUUCGCUGGAUUUCUUUAAAAAUGGCCGCAACGGCGUUUGAGAUAGACGGAAGUGUAAUGGAAGGGGGAGGACAGAUCCUGAGGGUUUCAGCUGCACUCGGUUGUAUCCAGGGCGCUUCUCUGAAAAUCAACAAAAUCCGCGCAGGAAGGAGCACCCCGGGAUUAAGGCCUCAGCAUCUGUCGGGUUUGGAGCUGCUGAGGGACAUGUGUGAUGGGAAUCUGGAGGGAGCGACUGUGGGAUCCUCAGAGAUCUUAUUGACUUCCAGCAAGAUCAAGUGUGGGAAUUACAUCGCCGAUACACAUACUGCUGGGAGUGUUGGGCUUUUGCUGCAGAUCUCGCUGCCCUGUGCACUUUUUGCUGAGGGACCUUCAGAACUCUGCCUAAAGGGAGGAACCAACGCUGAGAUGGCUCCACAGAUCGAUUAUACACUCAAGGUGUUCAAACCCAUUGCCGAGAGAUUUGGCGUACAGUUCGAUUGUGAUUUAAGAAUGAGAGGUUAUUACCCCAAGGGUGGUGGAGAAGUGGUGGUAAAGGUGAACCCUGUGAAGGAGCUAAGUCCCAUCAACAUGACCGAGAGAGGAAACAUCACCAAGAUCUAUGGUCGAGCUUUCGUGGCUGGAGUGUUGCCUUUCAAGCUGGCGAAGGACAUGUCUGCUGCAGCUGUGCGCACCAUCCGAAAAGAGAUAAAAGAUCUUUACAUCAACAUACAAUCCCUGCAAGAGAAGGACAAGGCCUGUGGAAAUGGGAAUGGCAUUAUAAUCAUUGCAGAGUCCUCUACUGGCUGUAUUUUUGCUGGUUCAUCUCUUGGAAAAAAAGGUGUUUAUGCAGAUAAAGUUGGCAUCGAGGCAGCUGAGAUGCUCCUGAGAAACAUCAGGCACAAUGGCUGUGUGGACGAGUUUUUGCAAGACCAGCUGAUAAUCUUCAUGGCCUUGGCUAAUGGGACGUCCCGGAUUCGCACCGGACCGAUCACUCUGCAUACACAGACGGCCAUCCAUGUGGCGGAGCAACUUACUAAGGCCAAAUUUGCAAUAAAUAAAGCAGGUGAUGAGCAUGGAAACAAUGACACCUACAUCAUCGAGUGCCAGGGCGUGGGUGCCACCAAUUCCAACCUGUGAGCCCACAUUCAGAGUGCCAUCAGAGGCCGCUGGAGGUCACGUAGCAGAACCACACUACUGUAACCAACCGGAUGGCAUGAAGAUGUUGUCGUCUCAGCGUUCCUCUUCUCGCUUCCACACAGAAUGGUCGCUUUAUUAGUCUUUAAGCUGGCCCUGAGACGGUCUGCUUUGUCCAUGCAUUUUAUAAUCUCCCAUUUCUCAAAUGACUUUUGUUACUCAGGGUAUUGCCUUACACUGUAACCGAGCGUCGUUUGUCCUAGGAGCUCCUUUUAAUUUUGCAUUAAUGAUUAGUUGGUUAGAAUCUUCAGUAUUUAACCAGAUGGUUUUUCAUUAUCUGAUCGAUUUUCUGCUUCUGUGUGCUAAACACAAAAAGCCUUAAAGAAACCGCAAAUUCACAAUCGAAACUCUGUUCUAAUCUUAACCUUUUGCAUGCAACUAGGAAUAUUUACGUCACCAGUGAUUAUAGUGCACUAUGUGUACAUGGCGCUAAACAAAAUGGUCUGCUGUCCCUGAACAAAAAAAAAAAAACAGUUCAUGUAGCUGCUUUGUCUUUUUUGUAAGUUAUUUAAGUUGAUGUAUUGAAUGAAUGACUCCAUGUUUUGUUUUUUGUUUUUUUUCCUUUACAUUUUCGUUUAAAGCUAAUGUUUUGGCUUUAUUAGGUUUGUAAGGUGGUGGGCUGAGUGAAAUCCCUUAAUUAUGGUAAAUUUUCAUUCAUUAGUGCUUACGACAUUAUUUAUGAGAAGGGAUUAUAUUUGGUGAUGUUUGCCCUUUUUCUUUUUUACCUUCCUGUAGGUGACAAUGACCUGUUACUUUACUUUAAAAUAUUUUUGAAAGAGAAAAGAUCACAAUAAAAUCGUUAAGAAUAUA